AUUUUUUUCGUUUGUGAAAUCUGCCACAAAAACCUAAAUAAUUUCAACACAUUUCAGUUCCGCUUUAUUGCUUUUAAUAAUAAACGUUAGACAUAACAUUUUGUGAUAUGUUGAGUGCUGAUGAGCUUUUCAAGUACAAACAAGGCCUUGAGAAGACUGUGCCAGAGAAAGGGGGCACAAAGGACUUCAACCCAGAUGGAUCUUGGAUACAGAACAAACAGAUUGAGAAAUUCCAUGAAGAAAGGGAGAGAGUUUUGCAAGAGCCAAGGGUGCAUAAGAAACAAGACCUUGCAGUGGGAGAAUGGAAUGCAGACUUGAAUCUGGUGGAACUUAGGAAAGAAAUGCGAAAUUUCUGGCAGGUGAUGGGCUUCACAAACACGGCCAGAAAGUGGUUACACCCUGAAGAGGCACUAUUUCUUAUUGAAACGAAUGUCCUACAAGUGUUACAUGAAGGGUUACCAUUGAGCAUGCAGGAGGCAUGGCAACUGUUGCUUGGCAACACAGUAACCAUGGAGUUCUACCAGGUGUAUACUCAUCUGAGGAGGAUUGGUUAUGUUGUACUUCGACAUCAAGGCAGGAUUUCAACAAAGUAUGAAAGGCAGAUUGGAAUUGACAAGCCACGACAGCAACAGAACAGAAAAAAGACGAAGAAAGUGAAGACAAGGGAUGAAAUGAACAAUAAAGUCUCCAGAAAUAAGGACAAGGGUGAGGAAAGAGGAUAUACUUUGGAUACAGCUUCUGACAAAGUUGCUAUGGAUACAGGUUCUACACUUCCAAUUGAAACAGAGACUGAUUCUGCAGGUACACAGAACACUAGUGAUAUUAUAGAGACAGGGUCAGAUUGUGUGAAUGGAAGUCAAGAGCGAAAUGAAAUGCAGCGUGACAAAACUGAAAAGCUAGAUAUAAGUUUACAGUGGAUGAAACCACCAACAUUCUCAAAUACGGACCUCAAGUAUCAUCAGUCAGUGUGGGAUUUCAGGAAGAUUUACCUGCCAGACUUUGGUUGUACCUCAGAGAAGAUUACUGUGAAGAAACCUGAUGUGUUGUUCACCCCUGGUCAGGUUGAUGUUGAGCGUGAGGAAUAUGUGUUCAACAGGGCUGACUGUAUCAACAAGAAGAAAAGGAAAAGGAAGGAUAUGGAAGAAGACCAACAACAAAUCAGGAAACUGCAGUUUUCACGGCCAGAUGUUAUGUCCCUGGAUUUCAAAUGGAAGCAUCACUUUAAGACUUGGUCAGAGUACAAAAACUUUUUUAACGGGAGUUGGAGGCAGAAUAGAGUAAAGGAUUUUCAAGAGUUGGUUGAUGGGGACCUACAGCCUCUUGUUAAACCAGACCAGGCAACCUCUACAUUGGCAGUUUUGGAACAACUUCAAAUAGUCAAAGAAGAAAAGCUACUUCUGAGAGAUCCUGAUAGAAAAAUGGUCAUGCCAGAGUUUGAUGUGUACCUGCCCAAGACUAGCUACUCUAAGAGCAUGCCUGGCAUCCCCGACUUCAGGAUCCUUAUCUGCAGGCCAAAUGAUUGCCCUCCAAGUCUGCGUGUAACCAAAGACAUCAGCACAUACCUGGAUGAUGAUGUACCCUUGCAGUGUGCUGUGGUCGACUCCGGCUCCAUCUGCUCCUACACUGUGUCUGAUAUCUCCCUACCCCUCGACAUACAUGUAGGCUGACCCAUGGUCGAAUAUCUACAGUGGUCAGAUAUCUCCCUACCCCUCGACAUACAUGUAGGCUGACCCAUGGUCGAAUAUCCACAGUUGGCUGAUAUCUCCCUACCCCUCGCCAUACAUGUACGCUGACCCAUGGUCGGAUAUCCACAGUGGUCUGAUAUCUCCCUACCCCUUGCCAUACAUGUAAGCUGACCCAUGGUCGAAUAUCCACAGUGGUCUGAUAUCUCCCUACCCCUCGACAUACAUGUAGGCUGACCCAUGGUCGAAUAUCUACAGUGGUCAGAUAUCUCCCUACCCCUUGCCAUACAUGUACGCUGACCCAUGGUCGAAUAUCCACAGUGGUCAGAUAUCUCCCUACCCCUCGACAUACAUGUAUGCUGACCCAUGGUCGAAUAUCCACAGUGGUCUGAUAUCUCCCUACCCCUCGACAUACAUGUAAGCUGACCCAUGGUCGAAUAUCCACAGUGGUCUGAUAUCUCCCUACCCCUCGCCAUACAUGAAGGCUGACCCAUGGUCGAAUAUCAACAGUGGUCUGAUAUCUCCCUACCCCUCGCCAUACAUAUAGGCUGACCCAUGGUCGAAUAUCCACAGUUGGCUGAUAUCUCCCUACCCCUCGACACACAUGUAGGCUGACCCAUGGUCGAAUAUCCACAGUUGGCUGAUAUCUCCCUACCCCUCGACAUACAUGUACGCUGACCCAUGGUAGAAUAUCUACAGUGGUCUGAUAUCUCCCUACCCCUCGCCAUACAUGUAGGCUGACCCAUGGUCGAAUAUCCACAGUGGUCUGAUAUCUCCCUAUCCCUCGCCAUACAUGUAUGCUGACCCAUGGUCGAAUAUCCACAGUGGUCUGAUAUUUCCCUACCCCUCGACAUACAUGUAGGCUGACCCAUGGUCGAAUAUCCACAGUUGACUGAUAUCUCCCUACCCCUCGACAUACAUGUACGCUGACCCAUGGUCGAAUAUCCACAGUGGUCUGAUAUCUCCCUACCCCUCGACAUACAUGUAGGCUGACCCAUGGUCGAAUAUCCACAGUGGUCUGAUAUCUCCCUACCCCUCGACAUACAUGUAGGCUGACCCAUGGUCGAAUAUCCACAGUUGGCUGAUAUCUCCCUACCCCUCGCCAUACAUGUACCCCGACCCAUGGUCGCAUAUCCACAGUGGUCAGAUAUCUCCCUACCCCUCGACAUACAUGUAGGCUGACCCAUGGUCGAAUAUCCACAGUUGGCUGAUAUCUCCCUACCCCUCGACAUACAUGUAGGCUGACCCAUGGUCGAAUAUCCACAGUUGGCUGAUAUCUCCCUACCCCUCGACAUACAUGUAGGCUGACCCAUGGUCGAAUAUCCACAGUGGUCUGAUAUCUCCCUACCCCUCAACAUACAUGUAGGCUGACCCAUGGUCGAAUAUCCACAGUUGGCUGAUAUCUCCCUACCCCUCGACAUACAUGUAGGCUGACCCAUGGUCGAAUAUCCACAGUGGUCUGAUAUCUCCCUACCCCUCGACAUACAUGUACGCUGACCCAUGGCCGAAUAUCCACAGUGGUCUGAUAUCUCCCUACCCCUCGCCAUACAUGUACGCUGAACCAUGGCCGAAUAUCCACAGUGGUCAGAUAUCUCCCUACGCCUCGACACACAUGUACGCUGACCCAUGGCCGAAUAUCCACAGUGGUCUGAUAUCUCCCUACCCCUCGCCAUACAUGUACGCUGAACCAUGGCCGAAUGUCUACAGUGGUCAGAUAUCUCCCUACCCCUCGACACACAUGUACGCUGACCCAUGGCCGAAUAUCCACAGUGGUCUGAUAUCUCCCUACCCCUCAACAUACAUGUACGCUGACCCAUGGCCGAAUAUCCACAGUGGUCUGAUAUCUCCCUACCCCUCAACAUACAUGUACGCUGACCCAUGGCCGAAUAUCCACAGUGGUCUGAUAUCUCCCUACCCCUCGCCAUACAUGUACGCUGAACCAUGGCCGAAUAUCAACAGUGGUCAGAUAUCUCCCUACCCCUCGACACACAUGUACGCUGACCCAUAGCCGAAUAUCCACAGUGGUCUGAUAUCUCCCUACCCCUCGCCAUACAUGUAAGCUGAACCAUGGCCGAAUGUCUACAGUGGUCAGAUAUCUCCCUACCCCUCGACACACAUGUACGCUGACCCAUGGCCGAAUAUCCACAGUGGUCUGAUAUCUCCCUACCCCUCAACAUACAUGUACGCUGACCCAUGGCCGAAUAUCCACAGUGGUCUGAUAUCUCCCUUACCUUAAUAUCCCCAGCCUAUGAAAUAGGGAGGGGGAUAUUGAAAUGGCGUUGUCCAUCCGUCAUUCCGUCUGUCUUUCCUUCCGUCUGUCCUUCCUUCCGUCUGUCCGUCCGUCACCUGCGUUUUCUCAGUAACUAGCCGGUAUAAUUUCAUGAAACUUAAAAUAAAUAUGAACCACUAUACUGGAAUGAUGCCUGUCCAAAAAAAAAUUUGAUUGGUCAAUUGUCCUUGGAGUUAGUGCCCUUGAUUUUUUGAAAAAUGCACAUUCACAGCCAUUUCUCAGUCACUAGCUGGCAGAAUUUCAUGAAACUAAAAAUAGAUAUGAAUUACUAUACUGGGAUGAUGCCUGUUCAUUUUUUUUGGAUUGGUCAAUUGUACUAGGAGUUAUUGCCCUUGAUUUUUUGAAAAACUCUCAUUUACAGCCAUUUCUCAGUAACUAGUUGGUAGAAAUUCUUGAAACUUGAAAUAAAUAUGAACCAACAUACUGUGAUGAUGCCUGUUUAUUUAUAUUUUGGAUUGUGUAAUUUCUAUAUGAGUUAUUUGCCCUUGAUUUAUCAAAAGAUCCAUGUUUGCAGCCUUUUCUAUGCAACUAGCUGGUAGAAUUUCAUGACACUUGGAAUAAAUAAGAACCAACAUACUGUGAUGAUGCCUGUCUAUUUUUCUUUUGGAUUGGUCAAUUUUCCUUAGAUUUAUUGCCCUUGAUUUAUUAAAAAAUCAUUGUUUGCAGCCGUUUCUCAGUAAAACCAAUGUGCUUAUCUUAUUCUUUCUGAGAUUUUUUUUAACCUUCAAGCACAAACAAGCCAUCAAGCACAAACAAGCCAUCGUUGGCGGGGGAUAUCUUUUCACUAAAAAUGCUUGUUAUGGGUAGUGUAGGGCCAACUGACCACUGUUGAUCUGAACGUGUGCACGGAAGGCCUUCCUAGCUUAAGAUUAAGCUUUAGACUGUCCCUAUAAUUCCCUGUUGGGAACUUGGAUAUUGUUACUCCAAGGGUGAUUUUAGUUUAAAGAAAACCUUCUAGUGAUCAAAACAGCAUUUUUGCUCUUGUGGUUGUGUCUAUGUAAGAAAUAUACACUUCAUGCAAUAUAAGUUCUCUACAUUCAUAUUUCUAAAGACACUAAAUGUACUUUCAUUAACAGAUAUAUGACAAAAUUAACACCGAAAUUAAGUCUCAGGGAAACUGAUCUUUCCAUGGAUAUGUACGGAUUCUUGCAUCAUACCAGAUGCUAAAGAUACCAGUAUAUGUUGCCAAAAAUUGCUUAAUUUGUUGAUGAAGAAUGCAGGUACAUGUAUAGCAUAACUGUAGCUCAAAUAUUGAAAUGAAAUUACACAAAUACAUUGAAAGAAAAAGAACUUACCUUUCAAAAGUGAUUGGUGUUAUGUAUAUAACCAUAUAUGUUGUACCAUAUGCUGUUCUUUGUAGUUUGUACUUAAGCAACUUGUUAGUAUAAAUUAGUACAUGUAAAACAAAUGUGUUCAUGUAGAUUAUCAAAGGUUAAAUCAAAAGAAAUAAAGAUUGCCUAUUGAAAUAUUAAUGUUUUCAGUGAAAUAUCAUGUUAUUAUACCCCAAACAAAACAAAGUUUAGGGGAUUAUAUAGGAGUGAUCAUUUGGUCAGUCAGUCUGUUGUCUUUUGGGUUUGUCCGAAUGAUAACUCAUAAAAGGGUUGAAAGAGUUCUGAAAUGGUUCACAGAACUGAAUAUGUUUUUGUGCACAUGAUAAACACCAUAAAAUAAAGGUCGACUUUGGUUACUAUUUUUUGGAGGACUUACUGCCCCUUUAAACUAAGAAUCUGCAAAAUAAAUGAUGUCAAGAAGAUAACUGACAGGUUCAAUGGAUUGAAUACAAGUUAACAUGUUAAACACCAUUAAAUAAAGCUUAAGCUGCAAACACUAUUUUUUGUGGAGUAAUGUCCACUUUUCAACUUAGAAUUUACAAAAGGGACGGUGUCCAUACGAUAACUGACUUUUGUUUCAAUCCACCAAUGUUUGACAGAAUAUUUAAUACUUUUAUUAAAACAUACAGCCAAAUGAAAAAAGUUAGCCAUUCCUAUGUCCAAUCAGUGUGUAUGGGUAUUCGUCAUUACUGUUUUUUUCAUAACUGUUAUAUUUCCUGCUGUGAAUGAUCAAUUUUCAUAUUUUCACUACUCAUAAAUCACUUGUUUCUUAUGUGGCUUAAUUAUAGUAACUAUGUUCACUAUGUCAGGUUUAAAUGACGUCACAUUAAGUUUCUCACGUGAUUUUCCAAUUAACACUAUGUAUUUAACAUUUUAGCUUAAAGAAUCAGAACAUUUGUUGAAUUUCAGUUUAAAAUUUUCUGUCACUUGCGAUCACAGAAAUGAUAUGUUCACGAGUGGUGCAUUGCUUUCUGUAACCAUUCUGUGAAAUAAUUUAUGAUCUUUCACUAAAAUUGAACAUGUUUUUUUUUAAAUGUAAAGGAUUCAUGUAUUUUGAUAUUACUAUUCAUGGUGAUAUCUGGUCUCUUCACAAGUGGUGUGUGCAUGGAGUUGUAUGAUGCUAUGACACUAUAUUAGUCCUACACAUGAAUUUAAAUACUCCUUCAUAGCACUCAUCUUGCAGUUUCUUCCCUAAGUCUGAAGUUUGUGUUUGACUGAAUUUCGAUUCUUAAUUAGAUUGACAUCAUCUACUCAUUUGGUUAAUAUCUUGUACUCUAUAUUAUGAUAAUAUUUUAUAAAUGUUUAUUAAUAAAGAAGAAAUAAAACAUAAAU